AUGACAAAGUCGCUCAUUCGGACGGCCUCCCUGGCUGUCCUUGGCCCGCUAGCCUUGUACACAGUUUUUUGGAGCUUGGCCGUGAUACCAUUCUUCCAGCGACACUUCUUAUACGCGCACAAGUUCAACACCCUAUUCUGGUCUGACGUGAACGAGCCAGAGAGAUGGGGGUUCGCAAAGCAUCAAGUGGCACCCUUUUACUUGAAAACGCCCGACGACAACAAUCUCUACGCGUGGCACAUAUUGCCUCUCCCUCUGUAUCAUAAGCAUGAAGACCAAAUCGUGCAAGGAGCGUCAUCGGAGACGGUCCCCCUUGACAUUACCAGCACAGAAUCGUUCCGAUUACUGAAGUCGGACCCGAAGUCCAAAUUGAUUCUGUAUUUUCAUGGAAAUGCCGGCCAUAUCGCUCAGAUGUUCAGAGCAGACAGCUACCAUUCACUAACAGACACGUCAUCCUAUCACGUAGUUGCCAUUGACUACCGUGGCUACGGCCAUUCCACAGGCGUCCCCAGCGAGGAGGGCCUCAUCCAGGACGCGGAGACACUUGUCAAUUGGGCCAUGAAUGUGGCUGGCAUUCCGUCUCAUAGAAUCGUCCUGUUUGGUCACAGUCUCGGGACGGCGGUGGCAAGCGGUGCAGCCGAGCGAUUUGCCCGCCAGGGCGUUGAUUUCGCCGGCCUCGUUCUUGUUGCUGGAUUCAGCGACCUCGCCAAUUUGCUGACGGGGUAUCGCAUUAGCGGCGUGUUCCCCGUCGUGGGACCGCUCGCAGCCUGGCCCUCUGCCGUCAAGUAUCUGCAGACGUACGUUGUGGACAAGUGGCAUUCCGCGGACCGACUUGCCAGCAUCGUGCGCAACACCAAGAAGAGGCUGCGCCUUGAGCUGAUCCAUGCCUACAGCGACUGGGACAUCCCGUGGCAGCAUGAGGAGAUUCUGUUCCAGGCAGCAGCCAAUGCAACGACCAACGGCCUCAACCAAACCGAGUUUGACCAGUUCAAAGAGAAGCACAUGAAGCUCAGCCCCGGAGGCGACGGCUUUUCAGUGACUGUAAAAUCUAACCCAGAUACCAUAAUCAGGCAGCAGUUGGUUCUUCACGGAGGCCAUAACGAAAUCGUAGCUUCUUCAUCCGUGCUGAGGGCCGUAAUGAGGUGUUUUGACGAGGAGUAA